GUUGAUGCCUUGGGAGCCCCUUUGUUCCUUUGUUCGCUAAGUAUAAUUACAUGCACAUCACAUGCGGCUCAUGUUUAACUAGACCAGAUGCUUGUGUGAUUAACAAACCGGUCGCUCACAUCUUGCCACCGGUGCUACUAAGUAGUACUAACGAUGGGGUCGUUCACGAACGCCGGCUCCGCGCCAGCCCCAUCCGCGGCGAGGCCGCACGUCGUGCUGCUGGCCAGUCCCGGCGCCGGCCACCUCAUACCGCUGGCCGAGCUUGCGCGGCGGCUCGUGGAGCACCACGGCUUCGCAGCCACGAUCGUCACCUUCAGCGGCCUCUCCGACUCAGAAGCCCUCCCCAGCGGCAUCCUUGACUCCGUCUCCACCGUUGCGCUCCCUGCCGUCAAGAUCGACGACCUCCCCGCCGACGCCCUCCGCGGCAGCCUGCUCGUGGAGCUUAUUCAGCGCUCCCUCCCAAGCCUCGGCACCCUGCUCCGCUCCAUGGGCUCCACCACCCCGCUCGCCGCGCUGGUGCCGGAUUUCUUCUGCUCCGCGGCGCUGCCCCUCGCCGUCGAGCUCGGCGUCCCGUGCUACGUCUUCGUCCCCAGCAGCCUCACCAUGAUCUACCUGAUGCGCCGCAUCGUGGAGCUCCACGACGACGCGGCCCCUGGCGAAUACCGCAACCUCCCGGAGCCUCUCGAGAUCCCCGGGGGCUUGUCGCUGCGCCGCGCAGAGCUUCCGGUCCCGUAUCGCGACUGUAACGGGCUGGCUUACGCGCAACUGCUCCGGGGAGGCCGGCGAUACCGCCGUGCCGACGGUUUGUUGAUGAACACCUUCUACGAGAUGGAACCUGCCAUGGUGGAAGAGUUCAGGCAGGCGGCGGAGCAAGGCACGUUCCCACCGGCGUUCCCCGUGGGGCCGUUCGUCCGGUCAAACUCCGACGAGGAAACCGGCGCGUCGGCCAUCCUAGAGUGGCUGGACCGCCAGCCGGCAAGGUCGGUGGUGUACGUCGCGUUCGGAAGCGGCGGAGCGCUGUCUGUGGAGCAGACGGCCGAGCUCGCCGCCGGGCUAGAGGCGAGCAGCCAGAGGUUCCUCUGGGUGGUGCGGAUGCCGAGCCUGGAUGGCCGCACGUGUGUCUUCGGGACCGGCGACGACGACGACGACCCGUUGGCGUGGCUUCCCGAGGGCUUCCUGGAGAGGACGAGGGGCAGGGGCCUCGCCGUGCCGGCCUGGGUGCCGCAGGUGCGCGUCCUGUCCCACCCGGCGACGGCGAUCUUCGUGUCGCACUGCGGGUGGAACUCGGCGCUGGAGAGCGCGGCGUCCGGCGUGCCGAUGGUCGCGUGGCCGCUUUACGCGGAGCAGAGGAUGAACGCCGCUCUGCUGGAAGGGGCCCUCGGGGUGGCGCUGCGGCCGAGGGCGCGAGAGGACGGCGGCGCCGUGGCGCGCGAGGAAGUCGCGGCCGCGGUGAACGAGCUCAUGGAGGGGGAGAAUGGACUCGUCGUGCGGCGCCGGGCCGAGGACCUGCAGCGAGCGGCGGCACGCGCGUGGUCGCCGGAUGGUUCGUCCCGCCGGGCGCUGGAGGAUGUCGCCGCCAAGUCGAGGGCGGCGCUUGGCGCGGGCAGUUGAGGCACGUACACUCGUGACUGCACCAACUGCGCAUGGCACCCCCCUGCCAGUUCAAUUCGAAUUUUAUUAGUAACCAGUAAUAAUCCUGAUGAUUUUCGCCUCGCUAUGCACCCACCCCUCUCCUCCGCGAGAACAAGAUCCACGGCGGCCGGAGCCCAAGAUCCACCUUCAAGCCCCAACCACCGCUCCCCUGCCGAUGCUGCAUCUCUCCUGCAGCUACUGGCAUCCCCGCCGGCCGGCCUAUCCUCGGCGUCCCCUUGCCUGCGUAAAGAUGCGGACCUGGUGGAGAUCCCCUCUCCAGAUCUCCCCUCGGCCACCAUUUUGGGAGAAGAGCUCGAUGAGCUGCACGGCCUCACGCAUGACGAGCAAGAGGCCCAGGGAGGAGGAGGAGUUUGUUUACAGUAGGAAGAUUGGCUUAUGACCUGGUGCAUACCUGCAUGGAUGGAACUGGAACCAAACUUGGUAGUUGAAAUAAUUCUCUGCCUUAAUUCAUGGAGGACCCUACAUCUAAAGGUAACAGAGCAGUUUAUAUCAUAAUUCCAUUGCUGGAUUUCUAGAAGAAUGAAAAAGGGAGAAAUGGUUGUUUCAUUUGGUGUGCGGAUCUGGUUUAAAGUGUGUGUGCUUAUAUCUGGAAGAUCUUGGUUGCAAAAGUAUAUUAGGAAGAUCUUGGUUGCAAAAGUGAUCAGAUAUACUCCUCGGUACCAAAAUAUAAGACGUAUUCUUCAGUUCAAUUGAAUUGCAAAAAUGUCUUGUAUUUUCAUACGGAGGGAGUAAUAGUCAACACAACCAGAUUGGUUCUGUAAUUAAAUGCCUAUGAUCUUGUAAUUCUGAAUCAAAUAGUUUGAUUACACAAAGAAUGAUAUUUACUUUGUGUAAGAUCUUGUAAUUCUGAACCAGUUAAUUCUGAAUCAAAUAUUUUUUUCUACUA